AUGAGCAACCCCUUGAAGACGGUGGACACAGGUACUUCUAGCCAUGAAAAUGAGAUGGUACAUUUCGAGGCCAUUCACUUUUCAUGGUACAACCAAAGUUGUAUGAGGGGCAAUGACGUGCUGUUGGACAUACCGCUGCGACAGCUCAGCUGGGAAGGGUGCUCAAGAACAAACUAUUCUCAGAUGACACCAUACGUAUCUGCUGACAUGGAGGAUCAUAUACCAAUCUACCAGGCUAUGACCUUUACUCUAGCGGAUAUGUUCUCAUGGGUCGAAGAGAAGCUUCAAAGCAUCCUGCCCCGCAAAUACGACCAUCUUGAAGCCACCGCCAGCCUACUCCCUGAUCUUCACCACUCCCUAGUCCACCCCUUUGUUGGCUUAGUUGUCAAUAUGAAUGUCUGCAUGUACACUCACAGGGACAGCAAGGAUGACAUUAUCUGCCUAGUCAUUGUAUUAGAGGAUUUUGAAGGCGGCAAGCUCUGCCUGGUAGAACCACUGGUCUAG